AUGCUCUACGCAACAAAUAGUAUGUAUUACAGAUAAUUCCUUACCACCACAGGAAAGUAAUUAAAAUUUUCAUAUUUAAAAUUAGGAAAUCAAAAGCACAAUAUCAACCAUAGUAAUAGCAAACAAUUGCAAAGGGAUAAAACUCUGAGCAUCCAGCUGCUUAAAGUGCAUGA